AUGGACCCUGUUGAACACGUCAGCCACUUUAAUCAAAAGAUGGUAGUACACUCUAAGAACAAAGCCUUGAUGUGCAAGGUUUUUCCAUCCAGUUUAGGGCUUGUGGCGAUGAGGUGGUUUAAUGGUCUGAGGGCAGGAUCCAUCAAUUCGUUUAAGGAACUCACCCAGAUGUUUGGGUCCCGUUUUAUUACAUGCAGUAAGGUGUCUCGUCCUUUGGCUUCUUUGUUAUCUCUAUCCAUGAGAGAGGGUGAAACUCUGAAAACAUACUUGGACCGAUAUUGGGAGAUGUUUAACAAGAUAGAGGGCAAUUUUAAGGACGUGGCCAUCAGUACUUUCAAGCUCGGCUUGCUUGUAGGACACGGUCUAAGGAAGUCUUUGACAGGAAAACCUGUCACCAGUAUUCUUCAAUUAAUGGAUCAGAUUGACAAGUAUAAGAGGGUUGAGGAAGACCAGUUGCAAGAUAAGGGGAAGGGUAAGGUUAUCCCUCAAGAGAUGAAGGAUUUCAGGUCGGAACGUUAUAACAAUAACAAACCCCGGCGAUAUUUUGCCGGACAAUCUGGACUUGCAGCCCCACAAGUAGUAAACACCGUGUUUCGAAAACCGGUGCAUCAAGUUUUGGAGAAGGUCAAGAACAAGCCGUAUUUUAAAUGGCCGAACAAGAUGAGUGGAGAUCCUUCAAGGUGUAAUCAAAGCCUCCAUUGCCAAUAUCAUCAGAACCAAGGACAUACCACUGAAAAUUGUCGAACAUUAUGGAACCAUCUGGAACAAUUGGUUAAGGAGGGGAAACUGCAACAAUUUUUGUACCGACCCAAUGGACAAGGAGACCAGUCAAGGUCACAGGGCCCGGGAAGUGCUUCUUCAAGGCCAUCAUUGGGCACAAUCAAUGUUAUAUUUGAUGCACUUGGAAGGACUGGCUCUCAACCCGCCAGGGUGAUGUCUGUGGCCAAGUCGCCAACCGAGGACUUAAACUCCAAGUCGAAGAGAGCUAGAUUAGAGAUUCGACCUUCAUUGAGUUUCUCGGAUAAAGAUAAGAUCGGAACUAUCCAACCACAUGGUGACGCUUUAGUGGUCACCCUUUGUAUAGGGGGGUAUGAUGUGAAGAGGGUAAUGGUGGAUCAAGGCAGUUGUGUAGAAGUCAUGUAUCCUGACUUAUACAAAGGAUUGAACUUGAAACUUGAAGACCUGACAGCUUACGAUUCGCCUUUGGCGGGUUUUGAUGGAAAACUUGUUGCCUCGAAGGGUCAAAUUAGAUUACCAGUGCAAGCCGGUUCAGAAUUGGUCAAAGUGGAUUUCAUAGUGGUGGAUGCAUACUCCCCCUAUACGGCCAUUGUUGCUAGACCCUGGCUUCACACAUUGGGUGUCAUUUCUUCAACCCUAUAUCAGAAGGUUAAGUAUCUGUCUGGAGACCGGGUUGAGGAACUAGUAGGGAACCAAAAUAUGGCUAGACAGUGCCUCGUGUCUGCAAUUUUGCAUCAACCAGCAGCUGAGUCCUCAGCCAUAGUCAAAGAAGGAGUGGAUCCGAACUUUAUCUGUCAUCAUCUAAAUGUCAAUCCAUCUGUUAUCCCCAGGAAACAACCACCUCGCCGUUCAUCCAAGGAGCAUUCGGAUGCUGUAAAGGACGAGGUGAUGAAACUUAAGCUAGCUGGGGCUAUUAAAGAGGGGUAUCAUCAAAUACCUCUAGCCCUGGACGACCAAGAGAGGACAACUUUUGUUACUCCUUUGGGAAAAAACGUUGAGAUUUAUAUUGAUGAUAUGGUAGUAAAAAGCAAGGCAGAGUCUGAGCAUGUUAGUGAUCUCGGGAAUAUUUUUGAUAUCUUGAGGAAGCACAAACUACAACUUAACGCUUCCAAGUGUUCUUUUGGUGUCGGGUUUGGCAAGUUUUUGCGCUACAUGGUCACACAUCGUGGAAUUGAAGUCAAUCCCGACCAGAUUAAGGCAAUCAACAACCUUCAACCACCUCGGAAUUCGAAAGAGGUCCUGAAGCUUACAGGAAUGACCGCUGCCCUGAACCAGUUCAUUUCUUAG